AUGGCUGAGUCAUUCGAUAACGCUUUCCGUGUCGCUGAAAAACAUCUCGGAUCGAGAUGCAGCCUUCCAUUUGGUGUACAGUCGGGGGGCAUUGUCGUCGUUAACGCCCGUCGCCAGCCGCCGUCGCCGUCAUCAUCGGCUUUGUCGUCGCCCGUCGCACGUUGCCCGUCACCAGCUGUCGUCGUCAUCGUCAUCGUCAUCGUUGUCGUUGUCGUCGUCGUCGUCGUCGUCGUCGUNGUCGUCGUCGUCGUCGUCGUCGUCGUUGCGUCUUCAUAUUUUCGACCCUUUCACUGCUUUCCAUAUGCGACCAUUUACAUAGUGAUAACAAUAAAGUACAGCUGUUUUCAAUUCUGUAAUGGUUUCUCAUCAUAUUAA